GGCAUUGGUGCAUGUGAUCAUUAACAAUUAGGUGAACCACCUCUUGAACACCAUCCUUAUUCGGCUCAACCUCCAGCCAACUUUCCUCUCCUUUCCUCUUCAUGUAUAUAUAUAUAUAGAGACCCCAACACCACUGAUAUUCUCAGUCAUUAAAAACUCUAAAACACAACCAAUUCUUGAUAAAAAUGGCAAGCAUGAUUAGGUCAAAAGAAGAUGAACGUGCGGGGGCAGAAAUUGUGUAUGGUCCUGAAGAGUGCCAUCGCCACUCCAUAGAGCUUCUUGAAGAGCUGGGAUUCCCUAAAGGUGUCCUCCCUCUAAAAGAUCUUGAAGAGUGUGGAAGGGUUAAGGAAACUGGGUUUGUGUGGAUGAAACAAAAGGCCCCCUGUGAACAUUUUUUCGUUGGAUCCAAUUCUAAGGUAAGCUAUGCCACAGAGGUGACUGGUUAUGUAGAGAAGUUCAAGAUGAAGAAAAUGACUGGAAUUAAGAGCAAGCAGAUGUUUUUAUGGGUGCCAAUAUCUGAAAUGAGCAUCGGAGAUCCUUCAAGCAAGAAAAUUCUCUUCAAGACUCCUAUGGGAAUUGGCAAGUCUUUCCCUUUCUCUGCUUUCAUGACUGAUGAGGAGAAGCAGGAAAAGCUGGAGGAAGUCCAUGGAUGAAAUCAAGUCCAUAUAUCAACUCUUUUUAUUGCUGUGGUUCUUGUUACGUUCAUCAAUAAACUCACUGUUGUUCA